GCAGGGCUUUGUUACGAUCCAUCCACAUCAGAUCACAAAGUUGUCUUAUAUCUUUGUGCAUUCGUUCUGGACGAUAGUAGUCAGAUUGCCUUUGUUUCAAGCAUUAAAAAUAAAGGUUGGCGAAAAGUUCCCUUCCCAUAUAACUAUAUCACUUCCCGAGCUGGGGUCAGCUUUAACAAUACACUCCAUUGGAUAUAGUAAGUGACAUAAAACACAUUUGGAGAGAUAUGGAUGAAGAUGCAUUUUAUGAUGGUGGUGAUCAAACGGAAUGGCACCCUACUGAUGGGUGCAAUAAGAUUGUUUAUUUCGAUCCGGUUUAUGACUCUUUCAAAAUAUUGCCCUCCCCGACACGGAUCAAUCCAGAAGAAGAAGACAAGAUAGAAGGUAUGGGAAUCAUAGAUGGAUGUUUCUGCAUGGCUCGGAAGGACGAAAAGAGGCAACUGAUCCAAGUAUCAGUUAUGAAAGAAUAUGGAAAACAAGAGUCUUGGGUCACAUCCUUUGUCACCUCCUUAUCCAAACUCAGACUGUGUGGGUUUUUCAACCUCAAGCUUUUAUCUCAAAAUGGGAAGGUAUUCAUGAAGAGUGACUAUUUCGGGAGCACACAUGUGUAUGAUAUCAAAGAAGACAGACUAGAACGGACGAAGUUCCUUGCACGAGAUGGUGUUGAGGAUGAGAGCAUUGCUGGUAUUCUCUUCUAUGUUGAAAGUUUUGACUUUCCACGUGAAGUGGGUUGGAGGGAUGGUGAUGAGCAAAAAUGCAGCCUUGGUUUGAAACGCUACAGAAUAUCUAAGUAAAGAAACGGUAAAACCCUCUCAUCUCCUCACACAAAGAUUGCCGCACCAGCUGUUCGCCGAAACUAGGUCCUAUUUUCAUGUUUAUCUUCUCCGUAAUAUACAAAUUUACAGCCUCACUUCUCUCAUCUCCUCCAGGUAUUUUAACAAUGUUUGAUUUUAUUUAGAAUUCUUCGCUAAUCGAGUACGAGAUUGCUGCACCAGCUAUUCGCCGAAACCAGGAGACCUCCAAUGUCACUAUAUAUACAGAUGCAGAUCGAAAUUGGGGCUUCAUACUCCCACUGGCCGACUAGGAGAGCUGAUGAGGCAACUGAAGCAAAUGCAUGCAUGAAAAUUGAGAUUCAGGAGCCAAAAAAAGUCGAGUCGGCUCGCCAAGAUUUCUAGUUCAGAAGAAUAGUGAUAGUUGGGGCCGGACAUGGAUGUUGGCAAGCUGGCAAAUUAAGAAGAGUUUUUGUGGGUUCUUAUUUUAGUUUUCUAAUCAGUACUUGUUUUGUUUUUAGUUACUUGCUUUUAAUAAUGUUAUGGGCUCAAGGGGAAUAAGUUGUCUUCAAAACUCUUACAUGGUUAGUGAAUUGGCCUUCUCUUUCUCUUUCAGGUAGGAAUAAUUCUAUGUCUGAUCAUAGAGUGAGAGGAUCUUCAGAUAUUGAGUCUAGAGGGAGUUUGGGUUCUCAAGUUGAGUUUGAUGUACACUCUUGUUUUCAAUUUAUUUUAAUAAAGGCAAUUUCUUUUUAAAA